AAUUUAUUCACUUGCGCACUUACAUUUCAAAAUUCAAUUUUCACGUGACGCCUCACUCGAGUUUCAUAUCUCCCUCCAAAAUCUCCUUUCCCGGAACAUUGAAGGAGCCCAUCCAUCGGAGAAUCAUGGCGUCAUCUUCGCACGGCGGCGCUUCUGGUCGGAUAAAGAACUUAGCUGCUACCUUCGGCUCUGAUAUUCAACCUUUCAUUUCUGAUAUCCGAACAACAGUGGGCGUGAUGAAGAAUAUUGCAGUUCAAUUGGAAAAAGACAAUCUUCCGGACAAGGUGAAGGAAAUGGAAGAUGCUGUUGUGGAGUUAGUUGAGUUAUCUGAACACAGUGUGCAUUUUUCAUCUGCUGUUCAAGCUUUUGGUAAUAGAUACCAACCUGGAGAACAGUUGACUGAUUUUCAUAAGGUACUCGAAGAUGAAAUUUUGCAGUAUAACGCCAAUCGAAAUUCAGAUGUUCAAAAACACCCUUUAGUGCGGCAGUUUAAGGAAGCUGUAUGGAAAGUGCAUCAUGAGGGACAGCCAAUGCCAGGUGAAGAGGAGGAGGACAUUGUAAUGACCAGUACCCAAUCUAAUAUUUUGAAUUUUAAAUGUCCAUUGAGUGGAAAGCCUAUUACUGAGCUUCAAGAACCAGUUCGCAGCAUGCAAUGCAGGCACAUUUAUGAAAAACAAGUGAUAAUGCAAUAUAUCCAGUCGAAGAGUAACCGUACUCGAUGCCCAAUACCAGGUUGUCCAAAAGUGUUGGAUGCAAAUGUGCUGGUACAAGAUCCAUCGUUGGCUGUGGAUAUUGAUGAAAUGCGAAAAAUGAACAGCAAAGAAACUAAUGUAGAGGAUUUCACCAUGCUUGAUGAAGAUGAAUGAACGAUAAAACCAACUGGUGAUAUGUUUUUGUCUGUAAAUUCUGAUAGUUUUGGACUUUCACUUUGUGGCCUGUAUUAGUAUUUUGGCAUUUGUUUAUUGAAGUGGUUUAUUGAAGUAAGUUUCUGACUUUGUUUUUCAUUUCUCAUCGUUCAAUCAUACAAUAUUGUGCUCCCUCUACUUAACCUGUUAUCUUCUAUUUA